AUGUUGCGUGGUCGUUUUCUCUCUCUCGUACACCGUUCACACCGUAGUUCCCUAAACAAACCGGCCUGGCGAUCCAAACAGGCACUAUGCUGUCGCGCACCUCGACGGAGGAUUCACACGGCGCCUUCAACUUCCGCUUCCACUAGUGAUGCUCAGGGAACUCCUGCAUCUGCUGAGCACACUACUGUGCAGUUCUACGAAGAGCCUUUCGCGCUCGACGUCCAUCAAGGAUUCGGCUAUGCCAAAAUCAACAUCGGCGACCGCCUCGGGCCCAACGAUCGUUUGGAGAUCCUGCACAAACUUGGCUGGGGGAUGUACGCCACAGCUUGGCUGGUCAAGGACUACGAGCAGAAUCGGUACCUAGCCAUGAAGAUCCUCACCACGUACGGCACGCACCUCGAGCGCGGCGAGGUCAAGGAGCACCCGCACAUGCACGAGGCGGACAUCAUGCGCGCGGUUUCGCGGCAGACGUCGUCGCCCGGUGCUCAGCACUGCAUCCAGCUCGUCGACGCGUUCUACAUCACCCGGGAGACCGGCAACCACCUGUGCCUCUUGACUGAAGUAGCUGGAAUGAGUCUGGAUCGCCUUCAAGUCUUGAUUACUACCGACGGGGGCUUUCCCACCGACUUGGUCAAGCUGUUCGUAAAACAAAUAUGUCUUGCUCUGAAUUAUCUGCACACGGAAUGUCGUGUCGUGCAUACCGAUAUCAAGUGCAGCAACCUGCUGCUGAGCUUCCAACCCGAAAUCCGCGACGAGGUCGUCGCGGCGCACCUGAAAUACAGGCCAGUGCGGCGGCACCCGGUUAACACCGUGUGCGACAUCAUGGAGGAGACAAUCGUGUCCGAGGCGCUCCCGCUCCCAGGUUUCGAUGAAGUUCCUCCCCUGAGUUGGAUCGUCAAGGUGGCGGACUUCGGGUCAGCGCAGUGGCUGGACAACAGAAGCACUGACCACGUGCAGGCGGUGGGCCUCCGCGCGCCCGAGGUCCUCCUGGGGCGCGCGUGGGACGAGAAGGUCGACAUCUGGUCGCUCGGAUGCAUGGCCUUUGAGCUCUUGACGGGCAAAAACCUAUUUCGCGCCGAGGCGACGCGCACGUGGGCGGAAGAGGAGGACGUGUUGGCAGCGCAUCUGGAGACGCACCAGCUGACGCGGUUCCCGCCGCAGUUCUACGAAGGGUCCAAGCACGCUGAACAGUAUCUGAACGAGGACGGUACGCUGCGCAAAAUCCCCGAGAGCAUGAUCUACCCGAAGACGCUCGCGCGGAUCCUGUCGGUGUACAAGGUACCCAUUAACCUGGACGACCCAGAGAGCGUGCGCGACCUCGCGGUAUCGUUCAUAGAGCGCUGCGUGACGCUGGACGCUAGCGAGCGCGCGACGGCAGCGGAGCUCCUGCAGCACCCCUGGCUGCAGCGGGUGGGGGAGGAGUGCGACAGCAGGCGCUUGGCCAAGAGGAUACACUUCGGAAGGGACACCAUGACCUUGCCCAAUGAGCCUGCGGAGUGA